CCCACUCUCUCUCUCUCUCUCUCUCUCUCUAAACAUGCAAUGGAUUCUCCUCUGCGUUUCUCUCUCUUCAUCCUCAUAAUCACCGCCAUUUUUCUUCAAUCACGAGCUCUGAAAGGCCCUCAAGAACAACUCAAUAGUUUCCAACCCAAGCUCAUAGAUGUCACUAGCCCAACCACCUCUCCUCCUGAAACAAAAAGCACAACAUUUACAACCUCAAUUUCUGAUCCUCUCGUUCCGGCCUUAUUCGUCAUCGGCGACUCUUCCGUCGAUUGCGGCACCAACAACUUCCUCCUAACGUACGAUCGUGCCGAUCGUCUUCCCUACGGCCGAGACUUCGACACCCACCAGCCCACCGGCCGUUUCUGUAAUGGAAGAACCCCUGUGGAUUAUCUCGCAAUGCAUCUUGGGCUUCCAUUUGUACCGAGUUAUCUCAGCCAAUGCUGCUCUGUCGAAAAUAUGAUUCAUGGAGUGAAUUAUGCUUCUGCUGGUGCUGGAAUCAUUUACUCAAGAGGGUCAGAGUUGGGCCAACACAUCUCCUUUACAAGGCAAAUUCAGCAGGUUAUGGACACCUUUGAGCAGUUCAUACUUAGGAUGGGCAGGGAUGCAGCAGCUAAACUUGUUUCGGAUUCAAUAUUUUUCAUUUCGAUUGGAACCAUCGACUAUGUACAUUACUAUCUACGUAAUGUAUCCAACGUUCGAUCUCUGUUCCUACCAUGGAGUUUCAACCAAUUUCUAGCUCACACAAUGAAGCUGAAGAUUAAGAACUUGUACAAUGCAAAUGUGAGGAAAUUGGUUGUGAUUGGAUUGCCUCCUAUAGGCUGUGCUCCUUACUACUUGUGGCAGUACCAGAGCGAAAACGGAGAGUGUGUUCAGUUGAUAAACGACAUGAUAGUGGAGUUCAACUUUGUCAUGAGAAGCCUGGUCGAGGAGCUUGGUCAUGAGCUCACUGAUGCCAAUAUCAUCUUCUGCGACGUGUUUGAAGGUUCCAUGGAUAUAAUUAAGAAUCACAAUCGUUAUGGUUUCAAUGUCACCACCGACGCUUGCUGUGGUGUAGGGAGGUAUAGGGGUCUGGUCAUGUGCCAUUCACCAGAAAUGGCUUGCAGUGAUGCUUCCAAUCAUAUCUGGUGGGAUCGGUUCCAUCCAACGGAUGCAGUGAAUGAAAUUCUGGCAGACAACAUGUGGUCCGGUCUGCAUUCACAAAUGUGCUAUCCCAUGAACUUGCAGGACAUGGCAGCUCAAACAGCCAAAGGAUCAAAUAGGGAAUUUCAGCAUUGGCUUAACUUUGCACUUUUCAGAUAAGUAUUUGGUCUAGCAAUACUAGGAUCUCAUAGACAGGAAUAGUUUAGUAAUUGGAAUUGUAUAUGAACUAGCACUGUAUAGAACUGUUUUUCUUUUGACAGGAAUUUUAGCGUUUCAUAUAUGCAACAUUACCAAAUCGGAUGUUUCUUCUCAGAGAAAGUUGCUAAUCUCAUCUUCAAUGUCUGUUUUCAGUUCAAAACUGGAAAUGCAGUUGUGAUUUCCCUGCACGGAUAAAAUCUAUCGAAUUGAUAUGUGUUAUGAAUGCAUAUGAAGACUUGGAAUUGUUCUGUU